AUGUCAGGGCUAAAUUUUGUCAAAUCCAAUAGCAGCAUCGAAUCUAUGCUCGCCAGUAAUCCAACAUCGUCAAUACCUACAAACACAGAUGCUGAUAUUUCGGCUAAGAAUACUGUUACAAACAAAGAUUCUUUUAAACCUUCUCCGAUGAACCUUUCAAUGGACAUUCCGAUCGACGAAACCUCGGGAGAGAAGUAUAACAAUAGUCAUUCAACAAAAUUGAUAACUCCUCCUCAUCCAAUUGCGUCUCAACAUUACUACAGAAAAUUAUUCUCGGAAGGAAGCAAGAGCUCAUCAUCCCGAGAAGAUGCUUCGUCUCAAAAUCCGAUUCAUCAAAGCUCAAGCCAUUUAUUGCCUACAUAUACAGCACACCCAUCAUCAUCAUCAUUAGUGCUGGCUCCACCUCCGUUGAUGUAUCCUGCCAAUAGCUAUCCAAUUGUUAUGCUUCCAUCGCAAUACGCUUCAUCUUCGUUUUCUUCAACGAUUUCUGACGCUUUAUUUUCUCUGAUCAAAUAUAUCAUCAUGUUCUUGAUCUCUAUUGGAAUUUUUAAAUUCGGAAAGAGAUGGUUUAAAGCAUAUUUUAAUAAUUACUUUACAAAAAAGAAGAUAUUUGAAAAUCCUAAACUUCCAACAGUCUCCUUGCCUGAUAACAACGAAAAUAGUAUUUUAACUGACUCAAAAGAAGGAGAAACUGUUCACAACCAUCAAGAAUAUCAACAUAUUGCCAGAUCCAAGUGGCAACCUCCACAAAAAGAGCCUAUCAACGAUAUUGGAACGAUUUUAUUCUUUCAGCGAGAAUUGAACGAUUUGAAAUUGUGUAUGAAUGAAUUGAAGUCCAAAAUUAGUGACGUUCCUUCAAAUUCCUCUUUUUCGGCCACGCUUUUGAAGCAAUUCGAAAUGCAACACGAACAACAAAAGUUAAUACUCUCUCAGAACAAAAACACUGAUAAUUCACUGAAUGUAAUGGAAAUGCAACGAGAAAUUAGUAAUUUACGAAGCGAUAUUUCCCAGCUCAAAGGAAUGAUUACUAUGACACCCACAAUUUUAUCUUCCAGCGUUUCCUCUCAACAAGGAUUGUAUCAAUUAUCCCAAUAUUCAGAAACCGCCGACACUGCUCAGAAACAUCAUCCUGUAAUCCAUAAUCCUACUACAACCUACCAACCCAAAUUUUUGCAACAAAAUUUAACAAGCCAUUCAGUGAGUAGAAACGGAUCACAAGCCCAUUCCAGUGAAAUUUCUUCUGACAACAACAUUGAACGAUCCUCAUCCCCAUUACUCAACAUGUCGCUCAACAAAUCAAAGGAUGAGCCAACAACAUACAUCAGCGGUAUUAACAAACGUUCAUCAACCAAUCAACCUAUUUCUGUCAAUACAAAUGGAGCUAGAACGGAAGACACUAUUCACGAUAAGCAACCAUCUCCAGCACUUUCUUCGUCAUCAGAAAAGUCCAUUAAGGAAAAAAACAAUCAACAACAUAACAUCACUGAAAAAUAUGAACAAGCUGAACCAAUUUCUAAUAGUAGCACCAACGAAAAUAUAGAUUAUUAUGCAGAAUAUGGAGAAAAGAUUGAACCUAUUAGUGAAGAGGAAUAUAACCAAGUUUACGACGAUUAUUUGAGCUCACUUGGUAAGCGAUUCGAAAAUCAAUUCAACUUUCAUACUGGAGUUGAUGUUGAGCAUAAAGAGAAUAGUGUUACCGAGGUCAACAACGAAGAACCCAAAUCUUCCAUCUCCCUUCAAGACACUGCGGCAUCAAAUGAAGAAGCAAUGCAAGGUGUGGAGAAUACUAAAGAGCAGCCUCUCGAGAAUCUCAAUUCGUAUAAUGAGCAAGUAGACGGUGGCAUUACGCCUUCAGCUGAAAGAAAAACAAUUUCUGAUUUUGAUGCAUCGACUGCAGUCUCUCCACUGGACACCGACGUUUUCAAUAUUCUAAAAACACCAAGUCUUUCGUUUGACGAAUUAUUUGUUAAGGCUGCCCCCAAAACAGAGAGUACAGAAAAUUUUAGCGAUAAUCAAUUCAAUAGUAUUCACAUGUACGAGGCUGAUAGCAUUAUUUCAUCUGGCAGCAACUCUGUCAAUCAAGGCUCAUCAAUGACUCCUUCAUUGAAGGAGGCAACUAAGGAACUUCGAAAAACUCAGUUAACUGCUAAGCAAAAGAAAUCUAAAAUAUUUGGUAUGUUGUUAGCCCCAGAAAAGAAGAAGAAAAAGAAAAAAGACGCUGUGCCAAAAGAGGAGGCACAAUUAGAAAAAGAAAAGCACCAAACAUCUCAAGAAGUAGUACCUUCCCCAACCAAAGCAGCAGCACAAACGACGCCGCCACCUACUGAAAGCGACGUAAAUAACAUUGAAUUUGUCACACUAACAGAAAAACAAGAAACAAUUUCAUCCCAAGACAUGCCCAACAAUCAAGAGAUGUUCACAAGGUUUGAAAACUAUCCAUUUGAUUCCGAUGAAAGAUUUCAAAGAAUGCUAUCAUUAACUGCCGAUGACGACGAAUGUCCUGUCGACAAAACCAAUCCAAACUUUUUAACAAUUCAAAAAGGAAUUUACUUCAAACAACUGUUGGGAAAUGAUGAAUUUGAUUUGGAGGAAUAUUUCAAAUAUAAAGGAAUAGAGGUUGCAAGCUCUGCAGCAGUGAAUAAUUGA